AUGGGUGAUACAUCUUGUCCUUUAGAUAUUUCCCAUAGAAAUGAAAUUGAACAUGUUCCCAGUCCUCAUACCUUAAAUCCUCCUAGGUUACGCGAUAAUAUGGUAGAGUUAUUGCAGGAUGCCUUGCGUGAUAAUCUUCCAUCUAUUAAUGACACGCUAAUGGACGCGAAUGUCAUAGAAACUAGCUUAGGAGAUGGCAUUGAGGAGCCCCAAAAUAAUCCAAUUGGUAAUGAGCAAUUAGAUGAAACAUCAAAUAGAGAAACUAGUGAUAUUCAUAAAUUUUUUAAAGAAGUGGAUGCAGAGUUAUAUCCAGGGUGUAAGAACUUUUCUAAACUUUCAUUUCUGAUUCAUUUAUACCACCUAAAAUGCUUGAAUGGAUGGACAGGAAAAUCAUUUGGUAUGCUUCUUGAGUUACUAAUAGAUGCAUUUCCUGAUGGAACAACUUUACCCAAAUCUGUUUAUGAAUCCAAAAAAAUAAUUCAAGCAUUAGGUUUAAAUUACGAGAAAAUCCACUCUUGUGAACAUGAUUGUAUGUUAUUUUGGGGUGAGAAUAAGGAUGAGGAAUCUUGUAAACGGAUAUAUGCUUCUGCUGAAACCGCUAAGGAAAUGAGGUGGCAUGAAGAUGGACGUAAUAAGGAUGGAUUAUUAAGGCAUCCUGCAGAUGGAGAAGCUUGGAAGGCUUUUGAUGCUCGUUAUCCUGAUUUCUCUUCGGAGCCACGUAAUGUGAGGCUUGGUUUGUGUAGUGAUGGUUUUAGUCCUUUUGGAAUACUGUCCACUAGUCAUAGCACAUGGCCGGUUGUACUAAUUCCUUACAACACUCCACCAUGGAUUUGCAUGAAGCAAUCUUCAUUUAUCUUAUCAAUGAUUAUUCCAGGAAAAAACAGUCCUGGGAAUGAUAUUGAUAUUUAUUUACAGCCUUUGAUUUCUGAAUUAAAAGAAUUAUGGAGUGGUGUCUCAACUUUUGAUUCUUUUAAGAAAGAAAGGUUUUCUUUGCGUGCUGCUUUGAUGUGGACAUUAAAUGAUUUGCCUGCCUUAGCAAUGUUGUCUGGUUGGAGCACUAAAGGAAAAUUUGCAUGUCCUUGUUAUGCUUCGUCCACUAGUUCAAUAUGGCUAAAUAAUAACAAGAAACAAUGUUACAUGGGUCAUCGUAGGUGGCUACCCGAGGAUCAUAUAUUUCGUAAACAAGCUGAAUUUUUUGAUGCCACUGAAGAGUUACGGGUAGCUCCUAUAAGAGCGAAUGGUAGUGAUGUGUUGAAUCAAUUAGAUAGAAUUCAACAUACAUAUGGCAAGCAAUCAAAAAUGAAAAAGAGGAAGAAAAGGUCUAAUGAAGGAAAUGAUGAUUCAUUAAUAGGGUGGAAGAAGAGAAGCAUUUUUUUUGAAUUACCAUAUUGGCAACAUAACUUGCUACGCCACAAUCUAGAUGUUAUGCACAUUGAGAAGAAUGUGUGUGAUAAUUUUCUAGACACUUUCUUGAAUGUGGCUGGUAAAUCAAAAGACAACUUGAAUGCUCGCCUUGAUUUGGAGGAAUUGAGCAUUAGGAGUGAAUUGCAUGCCCAAAAUUGUCCAAAUGGUAAACAUAGAUUGCCUCCAGCCUCUUUUACAUUAACAAAAAGAGAGAAAAAUAUCCUAUGUGGUGUUUUACAAAAUGUUAAAAUGCCUGAUGGUUAUGCUUCCAAUAUUUCAAGGUGUGUUAGAAUGAACGAGAAUAAAGUUGUGAAUCUUAAAAGUCAUGAUUGCCAUAUUUUGAUUCAAUACUUGCUUCCAGUGGCAUUAAAAUCAUGUAGUCCAUCAAAAGAAGUUAUUUCAAUUGUCAUCGAAGUAGCUUCUUUCUUCAGAUCAAUAUGUUCGAAGGUGAUAGAUAGUAAAAAUCUUGAUAAAAUUCAAAAUCAAAUCAUACUGACACUUUGCAAGAUGGAGAAAACUUUUCUUCCAUCAUUCUUUACUAUCAUGCCUCAUUUAAUGAUUCAUUUGGUGGAAGAAGCUAGAAUGGGUGGUCCAGUGCAAUACAGAUGGAUGUAUCCCUUAGAAAGGUCAUUUGUAAUUUUAAAAUCAAUGGUACGUAAUAAAGCCCAACCUGAGGGAUCGAUUGCUGAAGGAUAUGUAGCUGAAGAGUGUUUAACAUUUUGUUCAAGGUAUCUUCAAGGUGUUGAGUCUAGAUUCAAUCGUCCCUUAAGAAACCCCGAUCCACCAAAUGAAAAUGUUAGAUACUUGUUUUCUAGUUUAGGUAAACCAAUAGGAAAAGGUGAGAAUGUCAUUUUAGAUGAUUUAUCAUUGAUACAAGCACAUCGUUAUGUGUUACGCCAUUCUGAUGCAAUAGAGCCAUUUCUUCAAGAGUUCAUUGAUUUUGAAAAAAGAAGACGUAGACGAGGUACACGUCUUGACAAUAGUGCUAUAUAUAAACUACUGAAUGAAAAGUUUCAUGAUUGGUUUCGAAAUAGGGUUUUGGCAAAUUCUGAUUCAUCCAUCGCAGAGGAUAUUUUGAGCAUUGGUAGAGGUCCUAAUAAUGUUGUCAGGAGAUUCUCUGGCUAUAUAAUUAAUGGAAUUAGAUUCCAUACUUUAUCACGAGAGAAUCAACGAUUGACACAAAAUAGUGGGGUUGUUAACACACCAGAAACUGGAGGGUUGGAAUAUUUUGGGAGAUUAACUGAUAUUAUUGAGUUAAAUUAUUUUGAUAAUUUUAAGGUGGUUUUAUUUAGGUGUGAUUGGUAUGAUAUUCAUCAUCCUGCUGGAAUUAAGUGUGAUGAAUUUGGAUUCACCCUUGUAAAUUUCUCUCGCUUGAUCCAUACUGGCGAGAAGGCAAAUGAUGAUCCUUAUGUAUUCUCUUCCCAAGUUCAACAAGUAUUUUAUGUGCAGGAUCCUAAUAGUCCUAAUUGGCAUAUAGUUAUAAAGGUUACACCUCGAGACUUGUAUGACAUGGGCAAAGAUGAAGAAGUAGAUGAUUCUACUGAUAUUAUAAAUGACAUUAGUCAUUUUACAAGUUUUGAAGGAAACCCACAGUGGGUCAGGGAUGAUGUAGGGGAAGAAGAUAUUAUUUAUGUGUAA